AUGGAAGUUCCCAAACCCCCUUCCAAAGAUAAACGAUUCAGAACCAAACAUAAAUUGUUGUUUAAAAUCGGUGCUGUCAUUUUCAUCCUUAUUCUCUUGUUUCUGGGUUUUUAUCUCGAGUCUUAUAGCUGGAAACCCAAUGCGUCGUCGUAUUACACUGUUGUUAUAGACUGUGGAAGCACAGGGACACGGGUUAAUGUAUAUGAAUGGAUGUUAGGGAGUGUCGUAGGUAAUAGAAAUUUGCCGGUUUUGCUACAUUCAUAUCCUGAUAGUAAUGCAACAAAUGGAAAUAGUUUGCUUUGGAAAACCUCUUGUCAAUAUCAUUGUAUGCAAACCCAACCCGGGUUAGAUAAAUUGGUUAAUGAUUCUUUAGGUGUGAGACAAGCUUUGACGCCUUUGAUUGUUUGGGCGGAAAGUUUAGUUCCUCGAGAAAUGCACGGCGAUACACCGAUUUUUGUUCUGGCUACUGCUGGACUGAGGAGGCUUCAGAGGGAGGAUGCAUUUUGGGUUUUGGAGGAUGUUGAGGCUGUUGUGAAAGAUCACUCUUUUAUGUUUGAUAAGAGCUGGAUUAGGGUUUUGAGUGGGAGGGAGGAAGCUUAUUAUGGUUGGGUGGCUUUGAAUUACAAAAUGAGUAGCUUUGAUGAUGGGUCUACUUUGGGACUUGUUGAUUUGGGUGGCUCGUCGUUGCAGAUUGUGGUGGAGAUUGAUCGCGCUACUGGGGAUGAUGUGAACACGAUGAGAUCGGAGUUUGGAUCAGUUGAACAUAGGAUUGUGGCGUAUUCGUUGCCUGCAUUUGGGUUAAAUGAAGCCUUUGAUAGGACUGUUGUUAUGCUUAGAAAUAAUCAGAGUGUAGAAAGAACCAGAGGUAUUUCUGAACUCAGACAUCCUUGUCUGAUGUCUACUUUUGGACAAAAUUAUACCUGCUCUUAUUGCUCGGGACUUGAUGCCGCUGACCAAAACAAUCAUAGCCAACCACAAAACACUUUAAGUCUUACUGGAGAACCUGAUUGGGAACAAUGUAGAGAAAUAGCUAUUGCUGCUGCUAUGAACUUGAGCGAUUCCCAAGUGUCACAUCAAGCAGUUGGUUCAAAUUGCCAAGCAAGUUUGUUUUCUGGUAUUGGCACUGAUGCACUUAACUUAACAGCUGUUGCUCACCCAAUGAAGCGAUUUCAUGCAUUAUCUGGUUUCUUUUUUGUCUACAAUAAGCUAAAUUUGAGCCCAAGAGCCAAUUUAACAAUGAUUUGGGAGUCAGUUUUGUUUCCAGGUGAUGUUUCCUGGACAUUAGGAGCUGCAUUGGUUGAAGGGAAAUUUCAAUGGUUAAAUAUUGCAAGCCACAAAUCCCAAACUAUAAUUUCUUCUUUGAAGAAUGUGAACGUCAUGACUUCUUCAACUUGUCUUUUCGCUGUCCUUUUGUUGCUUUUAUUGAUUGUUUAUUGUACUCAAAUUAAGCUACCUAUGCCAAGCAGAAGGGCUUCGCACUAA